CGUUAGCUAGCAAGUUGUCAGGCUGUCAAGUGGAGAGGCUGGGGCAGACGUUUCAGCUUCCCUUCCCCUGGCUUGGCCGCACAAACCUCCGGCCACCCCCCAAAAAGCCACGAGAAAAUCCGUUUGAAUAUUCUCGCCAGCUGAGAUAAUGUAAUGCAUCACGGACGUACGCAAAGAGGGAUCUCCGCACCUACACAAUUUAUAUGCACCGAGUCUUGAGUGACGAUUGCUCGCUGCUAACUGGCUAGCUACCUUAGCUAAACCGCCGUAAACCCCCUAGUUUCGUCGGUGUACCCUCUCUGGUGCGAACUGCGGCCAGUCGGUCAUCGUCCCUGUUGUAUCUUGCGCUGGUGUCGACUAGUAUUUUGGUAUUUGGCUUUUAAAGGGACACAAUGGGUGCAUUUCUGGAUAAACCAAAGAUGGAAAAGUAUAAUUCCCAUGGUGAAGGUAACAACCUGAGGUAUGGGCUGAGCAGCAUGCAGGGUUGGAGGGUUGAGAUGGAGGAUGCACACACAGCAGUAAUUGGUCUGUCUCAUGGUCUCGACCUGUGGUCAUUCUUCGCUGUUUAUGAUGGGCAUGCUGGCUCUCAGGUGGCCAAGUACUGCUGUGAGCACCUGCUGGAGCACAUCACCAGCAACUCAGACUUCCAGAGUGCUCUUCAGGAUGACCCCUGUGUGGACAGCGUGAAGAAUGGUAUCCGCACUGGGUUCUUGCAGAUUGACGAACACAUGCGAACCAUCUCUGAGAAGAAGCACGGUGUGGACCGAAGUGGCUCCACUGCAGUGGGGGUGAUGAUUUCUCCAAGCCAUAUCUACUUCAUCAACUGCGGCGACUCGCGUGGGCUCCUCAGCCGGGGCGGCACUGUGCACUUCUUCACACAGGAUCACAAACCUAGCAACCCACUGGAAAAGGAAAGGAUCCAGAACGCCGGUGGCUCAGUCAUGAUCCAGCGAGUUAAUGGGUCCCUAGCAGUGUCCCGUGCUCUGGGAGACUUCGACUACAAAUGCGUGCAUGGAAAAGGCCCGACAGAGCAGCUUGUUUCUCCAGAGCCUGAAGUUUAUGCAAUAGAGAGAAGUGAGGGGGAAGAUGAAUUCAUUAUAUUAGCUUGUGAUGGCAUCUGGGAUGUCAUGGCCAAUGAAGAACUGUGUGACUUUGUGAGGUCAAGGCUAGAGGUUACGGAUGAUCUUGAAAAAGUCAGCAAUGAAAUUGUUGACACCUGCUUGUACAAGGGAAGCCGGGACAAUAUGAGUGUUGUGCUAGUCUGCUUUCCUGGGGCCCCAAAGGUAUCUUCAGAAGCAGUGAAACGAGAAGCUGAGCUGGACAAAUAUCUGGAGGCCAGAGUAGAAGAGAUAAUCAAAAAGCAUGGGGAUGAAGGUGUCCCGGAUUUGGUCCACGUGAUGCGGACGUUAGCAUCUGAGAGCAUCCCUAACCUUCCUCCUGGUGGGGAGCUGGCGAGCAAACGAAGUGUUAUUGAAGCAGUGUACAACAAACUUAUCCCGUAUCGAAGUGAUGACACAGACUCUGCAUCCACAGAUGACAUGUGGUAACACAACCUCCUACCACUAACACAGCAUAGAGUUUACAAACCACCAUCCUCUCAAGACCCACAGCAGCUCAGCUCAGCAGUCACUCUCCGUCACUCUGAGCUUUUGGUUUCUAAGAAGGGAAUUUCAUGGGAGGAGGAGGCGGAGGAGGAAGAGGAGAUGCAUGCACACAAACCUGGAACAGUGCAGCACCGGUCCACUCUGGAGUUCAGGAUCCCCGCUGUCUUGUCUCCCCUUUAUGUUCACCCACCUAAAUAUUCUCCUCUAAAGUAAUCCAUAACAAGUGAGUCCACAAAGUUUUCUUCCAUUUUGUUAAAUAAUCUGCUUAAGUAGUAAGAUUUCCCCCCCCCUUUUUUUUUUCCUUUCUGUUUUUUUUUUUGUUUGUUUUUUUUGCUGUAAUUAAUUUGAUUCACAUUUCCUUGUGUGUAUUUGUAUAUUUCUGUUUUUGUGAAGUGCAAUUGUCCUGUACAAACAGCCUGUAUUUAAUGCAGCUUGAUUUUAAGUUAAAAAAUGAAAGAAAUGGAAAAAGAGAACCUUUUAUGCACUAUCUGCCUUUUCCUGCUCUUCUGGAAUUCUAACAAAUGUCUAUUCAGUGAAUAUUAUCGCUUGUCCUCCAGGCACAAUGUCUCUGCGCUUUUAUUUCUCUCUUUUUUUUUUUUGUUUUUGUUUUUGUUUUUUUUUCCUCCUCCAAUUAGUCUAUGCUCCUUUUUAAGAAACGGGUAAAUUGUAUAGUUGACAGCACAGUAAGCUCUAUAUCAAACCAUUUGAGUCCUAAUUAUUUUCCCCUGUGCUUUUUUUUUUUUUUUUUUUUUUAAAUUGUAUUUUACUUUUGUAAGUAGUUUUCUGUACAUGCUCAAAUAAUAAUGGCAAGGUGUUUCUCAAUCAAGUAUGAAGUGGAAUUUUAUUUUUCUUCAUUUUUGAGAGGUAUCUGAUGGGUCCCAUGUUAACGUGUUUGUCUGUAGAUACUUGCAAGCGUGCUUGGGUGUUUGUGUGCACAUGUGUUGGUAAAAUGCAGAUUUGGAUGUGCAGCUCAGAUUUCAAUUUGGCAUGGUGUUUUGGACAAACUAGGCUGGAGUUCAAGGGAAGUGCUCUCCCCUUACUUGUUUUCAGCCCCCUCCCCCCCUUUUUUCCCCAGCCAGUGUUUCAUAUCAGCUCAACACAGGCUUCAUUAUUUCUAAUUCCAAACAACAUUGGACAGCAGAGUUUACAUCUUACCCUGUUUGAUCUUAAACUGUAUCUAUCAGAACCUGAGAUGAAACUAGUAAUUCAGUUGAAAUGUUUGGAGGUUAUUCAGGUUUACACAUCCCAUCGUGUCAUAUUUAAAUAUCAAUUUGUAAAUGUAGAUGAAUACCAGUGACCACUGUGGGUGCCAUAUUUUUCUUUUUUCUUUUUAAAUUACACCUUCAGCUUCAGUCGGCCUAUGCCAAGCCCCCCAUUAGAUGCAGUUUUUGUAUGUGUUGCAAAUAUGUUUGAGCUUCUUCAUUUUACAUCUGAUUAAGAUCUGUUUGUUGUGAACAGUUUAAGCACUGAACAAAAUUUUGCAUUGGCAAUUUGAAAAUAGAAGAAACUGCUGGCUCUAAAACUUACGAGGCUUUCUUUUGGGCAUUCAGAACAAGAACAAAUCUGCUAACGAAGCUUUCUUGUUGUGCGGCGCCUUUUUUAUUCCCAUUAGUUUCUUCUCCAGUUAAAAACUCUCACCACGACACUGCAAGGCACAGCACAAUACAGUUUGCUGCUAUUGUGUUAGAUCUGUGGGUUAACACCCCCGCCCCACCCCCCUGUAAAGAUAGUCGCUAACUAAAUCUGUAUUUAACACACACAGUUGAUAUAUUUCUCGAAGAGAAAUUGUUUUAUUUCAAAUUUAUUUUCUGGCAUUUUGUGUGUGUGUGUUGCAUUGUUGGAAACUUAUGUAUGUGUGUAUAUAUUUUCAGCUAAGUUUUUAAGGAAUAAAUCAUGUUGCUUGAGCUAGGUAUUUUUUUUCUUUUCUUUUUUUUUCUUCUUAUCUCGUUUGUCUUCAGGUGGUUGGUUAAAUUUUUGUGUUUGACCAAGUUUUCCAUUUAAUCCAUUUGGUGUUCCUGUGAUUCAUACUGAAUGGUUCCAAAUAUAUGAAAUACAAAGUAAUUAUGUACUAAAUUUAUAGUCCUUGAUUUAUCACAAUGACAAUCCUAACCAUUUCAGUACAUUUAGAUUUGGCUAAUUAUUAAGAGGAAAAAAAGAAAGACUAACUUUGAUAAUGAUCCUAAGCUACUUUCUAAUAUACUUAAUGUGGCAAAUAAUGCCAAAGAACCCCGAGGUUUUAUAAAGCCCGCAUCACAAGUAAAACUAGCUAUAAAUAUUUACUUAUUGGACUAACUGUAGUUUAUUUUUCUUAGUUUUGGUUGGUUGCUUUUUAAAGGUGCUCUGUGGAGUUUUUGAUCAUUGGUUGAAAAGAAAUCUAUAAGCAGGUCCUCGCACUGCAAGUGCACACUUUAGAGGGACAAAAUGUGCAAGAAAUGUCCAUGAGGUGAUGUGAAAUGCACUUUUGCUGACUGCAGGGGGCAGUAAUUUGUAUAUCAACAAGUGGUGUCAUAGUAAUGUGACAUAAUGGCCCUUUCACAUAGAAAUUUGCAUUCGUUUAUGCUAGUGGCCGAGUGAAUGGCCCGAAAUUUGUGUUUCGCUGAUCGCUGCACACCCUGUAAUUCUGCAGGGUUUUUUUUGUUUUGUUUUGUUUUUAUCGUGCGGAACAGGCAAGUUUUCCGUCGCUGCAUUUUGCCUGUCGCGUAGGGAAUCGUGCAAACAGCAAUAUCCGAGUGCAGCUGUGAUGCUGUCGCACAUGUGAAGGGCCUUUUAGAGUGCCAAAGAACCAUUAAAAUACUCCAAAACCAGAUGAUGAUUUUAGGGAAUGAAGCCUAGGAAAAUAUGAUUUUAUGAAAAAGUUUGAUAGGCCUUAAAGCAAAAAUGAAUUUGCUAAGACGUGUUGAAUGUACCUUUACUGAGAGACUCCAUAGUGUACCUUUAACCAGUAAUCCUACAAAAGUAUGACAACCAUCAAAAGAUUUGCUGAAGUGGCAGCUAACUCAAGUAGGAAAUCUGUGUGUUUGCAUGAAGAUGUGGUUUCACUGAAUGUUCCUUCCCUUUAUUAAAAUCAAGUUGCAACAAAAGACAAACAGCAGAGUAAAAAUGUUUCAUUUCCAUCUUUUUGGUUUUAAAAUUAAGAGUUGUAUUUCUGCUAGUAUGAUACCGUAAUACUUGUAAACCUGCUGUACUCAGUUGAAAAUACUUCAGUUUAUUCAGUGGAUUAGAUUUUUUUUUUUUAUUCUUAUUUUUUUGUGUGGAGCAGUUCAUAUUUAAUCUGUAAGCUAUUUAUUUUUGCUCUGCAUAGCUUGUAUUUUUUUUUAAGUGCACUAAGUGUCUCUUACCUAACAACUGUCAGCACCCAGCUGCUUGUUGCAAUCCUGGUAGGUAUUUCUAACUUUGGUAAUUUUCUCUUCAAGCCUAGUGAUGAACAAACAUUUUUCUUUGUAUGUUGAGACAGUUGACAAAACUCAUGCUCCUGUGUUUUCACAUGAAUAAUUUAAAGCUAAUGUCGUGGCCCUUAAAUUUUGCUUGUUAUCCACUUCCUACAGUAGAAAUGCACCUUUCAAUAUUCAGAAUAGCUGUAGCUGAAAUGUUGUGAGAUACUAAGAGUGGCCCGUCUAUAAUUUGUCCUCAUGUGCAUGUUUUAAACUAUUGCAAAUUUCCAUUGCACCCCUGUUAUUUCCCCCAAAACCUGAACAAAAAUUAUUCCAAGCAUAUAUUGUUUUUUAUUUUUCCAUUACCUUAAAUACCUCGUGAUCUCAAUAGUAAGUGUUUUUGUCUUUAGUUCAGCAGUUACUUUUAAUUAGAGCCUUUCCUUAUUGUUUUUUUCCCUAGAGCCCAUUACUUUAACACUGGUCUGUUUGAUUGGGAUAAGGUUAUACUCAUGUACAGUAUUUGCCUGAAUUGUGCUGAUGUUAACAAAUAAGAGUAACGAUUGAAGAAACUACUGGAAAAGACAACCUGUUUUAGUAAGUAGGAACACUAUCAGCCUUGUCCUGUAAAGCUCCCCCUCAACCCCAGCCAAUGCCCUCAAACACUCACCCGUGUAAUUUCAGCUUCUCGUGCACUUGUGUGAUGCUCACUUAGCUCAAAUCUGUAAUUGUAUUGAGUUCAGGGUUUUAAACGUGAGGUGUGUGAGAAAAUAAGUGUGACUAUACAUGACGAGUCAUAUGCACUGAUCCUCUAUAUAAUCAGCUUUUGUUUUCUUCUUCUUUUCAGAAAAUUGUUAUUGUAUUAAAAAAAAAAAAAAAAAGAUUAUAGAGCUAUUUACAGAGUUACUUUGGUUGCCUGGAAUGCAUCCUGUAUAUUCUUGUACAGAGGAUUACCUGGCAGAAGCUGAAGAGAUUUUAAAAGCUUGCGCCCUCUUGUGCAUAUUUAUGUACCUCAGUUGUGGCGUUUACUGUGUGACCCUUAGUGGUGGUGGUUUAUUCGUCCCCUUACAGGACGUGCUGAGCCUCGCUUUGACCUUUUUUUUCUCUCUUUUCUUUUUUUUUCUCAGCUCAUAAAUAAGCUCACCGAUUUGCCUUACCCAAACUCACAUUGCCCCCCUAAAGUACUUGUCCAACAAAACACUACGAGGAGGAGUAAUGCUGCUAACAUUACACUCUCAGAAAAUGAAAUCUGUCCAUUUUAAGGUACUUAAGCUAUCAGCAAAGUGACUUUGCCGGGUUGUCACCAGUUAGAACUUUUCAACCUUUGCAGGUUUGUUUGGUUUUUCUUCUCUCCAUGUUACUGUAUCAAAUCUGUGUCAUGAAAGCUUAUUUAAUUUCCACUGCAGAUGAUGUCAUACUUUCAACAAAUGCAAGUGUUUUAACAUGGUAACCUCGUAAGCAUUCAAAAUGUGCAUACAUACAUUAAUGUCUGCUCUAUUUAUGAUUACAUUCAAGAAUAGCUUUAGAGUGCUGUAGUUAAGUAUUGUCAGUGUUGAUUCAAAUGCUUCUCAGAGGCCUCUGUGAGUGAUUUUACAAAGUUCAAUAACUGUAUAUUUUGUAUUAUGUUCUAGCUCCAAAGGAAUGGCGGGAAAAAAAGAAAUGUGUUUAAAAAAAAGAAAAGAAAAAAAAAGCUUUGCUCCCUGAACUAAAUUGUACUAUUUGUGUUGUCGAUUGAACAAAUUGCAUUCCUUGCUUGUGAAUAGAUGCAUUUUUCUCCCUGCUACUCAAAUUUUCUUCCCCCCUCCCCCCCACCUAUUUCCCUCCCUCCUUUCUUUCAUUUUUUAGCCUUUGAAGUUUGAAUAAAAUUUCUAGUUUGCAGAAUGUAUUACUAAAUAAAUGGGUUGUCAUCUUGUA